AUGAUGUCGAAAGCCCAGUUCGCUCUAUUAGCUCUUGAUAUUAAUCGUGUCUGGAGAUUCAUAUUGCUCGACGCAGUGAGAUAUCGAUUAAAGUUGCUGCGUUUAAAACUAGAAGAGGACCCGAAAUGUAAUUAUUACUUAUAUAUAAAAGACAAGCAAAGUUACAAGGAAAACAAGAUAAGAUUUUGUUUGUAUCUGUAUCGAAGUAUGGCCGAUACAAUGGAUUUGAUUACUCCAGAACUUUUUAAUGCAUCGAUUUUCUUUAGCGUGGCGUGCAGCUUGCCUAAGCUAAUUAUGAAUGUUUACCAUAUACUAUUAGUCAUUGAAGGUCGCGUGCCGUAUGAAACUAUGUGGUUCGUUAGCAUGCACAUUUGUCAACUUUGCUUCUUUUUGUUCUCACCGUGCAUCGUUGUGGAAUUGUAUAGGGUGGAGGUUGAUAAUAUGAGAUUGUUUUUGAUGCAUCGACUAAUUGACGAAAAAGAUCCGAGAAUUAAAGAAGACGUUGAAUUAUUUCUGCACUACACUUCAAUACGAACGUAUCGAUUCAAAAUAUGGCGUUGUUUCCCAGUGAAUAUUUCCCUGCCUAUCGAUAUAGCGCAGCUGUGCACUUCAUACGUCAUUGUUUUAAUCAAUUUCACGCAUCUCUAUGACUAG